AUGUUUGAAUGGGUCCUGGUUGGCUGGAGUCUGGGUUUAAGGAAGCUUGUCCGCUCGGCAGUCGGAGCGGAGGGGGACUCGACGGAGGGAGCUUCAGGCGGAGUGAGUGAGCUGGUGACGGACACAGAAAUAUCACCACGACGGCUCUCUUUAACAUCCAUAUGCAAGCUUCGCUUAAAACACACUCUCUCCGUAGAACUCUAUUUGUGUCAAACAGAGGUGAGUAGAACUGUUGCGCCGUGUUUUUGUGGAUGUAUCUGUGUGGAAAUAACCGUAGCUAGGAGGGCUCUAUACAAAGGCUUUCUUUGCCGGAGAAAAUGCCGGGGCUGCAGCAGCCGGGAGGCCCGCCUGUGUCUUUCAAGUCGCCGACCAGCAACGGUUAUCCCUCCGCUGUUUCGCUCCAUCUCGCGCAUUUCUACACGAAAUUUUUAACCCUACCGCUUUGGUAAGCACCGUUCGUGGACAUUACUUACCUUUCGUGGUAACAUUUACCGAGCAAUGUGGGUUUUUGACAACCGUGGCCGGUACCGAGAAACAUGGUCGCUCUGCGGAGUCUCCUAACGCUGCACGCCGGGCACCAGUGCAGUCCGUGCCGCUAGAGGGUUACGGGGACAGUCGGGGUUGCUCGGUUGAAACCAGUGAGGCGUCCGGAAGGGAAAUACACGCGACAACAGGUUUGAUUAUGUAAUACUUAAAAUGCGUUACACUUAGUGGCGUGUGUGGCUAAACUUUCUUUGUACACAUGAUAUGUCAAACAAAGUUGGCAUUCGGCUUCAUUAUGCUUCGUUUUCAGCUCAGUUUUAUUAGCUUCUCGGCAUUUUUCAGCGGGGCGUCUUUGCUGACCCAUCCUGGUUUCCCCGUAGCGUUCGUCGCCUUUCACUACCAGGGUUCACUCGGUUAUAUUCAGUAA